AUGAAAUCCCGGGAAAGGCCCAAUAAAGCCGUGGUGGCUUUCGGCAGUAACAUGGGCGACAGGAUUGCACACAUCGAAGCCGCACUGACCAAGAUGAAGAAUGAAAACCUCAAUAUCGUCAAAUUGAGUCCUCUAUAUGAGACCAAGCCCAUGUAUUACGAUGACCAGGAGCCAUUCUUGAACGGCGUCUGCCAAGUGGAGACUCAUCUUGAGCCUCUUCCACUGCUGGACGUUUUGCAAAGCAUUGAGAAUGACCUCGGUCGAAAACGCAUCAUCGACAAGGGGCCACGGACUAUCGAUCUCGAUAUCAUCCUCUACAAUCAUGACCAUAUCAAACACCCCCGUCUUCAGGUUCCACAUAAACUCAUGCUAGAACGAGAGUUCGUAUUGAGACCUCUCGCAGCCAUUCUCCCUCAUGAACGCCUUCCGCCUACGUUUUCCUCAACCAUUCCGAUCGACCAGCAUCUGAAAAAUCUCCCGGAGAAAGAUCGCUCAAUGUCCCCUGUCACCAUUCUAAACUCUCGUCUACCCCUCAUUCGUACUCAUGAUUUCACUCGCAAGACUCAUGUCAUGGCUAUUCUGAAUCUGACACCUGACUCCUUCUCGGAUGGCGGUGUCCAUAAGGCUAAUGACCUGGACAUGAUGAAAUCAACCGUGGGCCAAUUCAUAGCUGCCGGUGCCGACAUCAUUGACAUUGGAGGACAAAGCACACGACCUCGAGCCGAAUAUCUUGGCCCCCGGGAGGAGCUGGAGCGAAUUCUCCCAGUCGUCCGUGCGAUCCGAGAGAUGGAAGAAGCUGACGACGUUGCCCUCAGCAUCGACACCUUUCAUGCCGAUGUGGCUCGAGAAACCAUUCUUGCAGGAGCAGACAUCAUCAACGAUGUGUCGGCCGGGGUCAUGGACCCUCGAAUGCUCCCAACCGUUGCUGAGCUUGGCAAGACCAUCAUUCUUAUGCAUAUGAGAGGCGACCCACACACAAUGACCAAGUUGACGAAUUACCCGGAUGGUGUUGUCAAGGGAGUGGCACGUGAGCUUGAUGGGCGCGUCAAGGCCGCCCGAGAGGCCGGAAUUUUCCCCUGGCGCAUAAUCCUCGACCCGGGGCUCGGUUUCGCCAAAACCCAACAGCAAAAUCUCAGACUCCUCCAAAAUCUAGAAGACCUGCGAAACUUAUUUCACCUUGAUCACUUCCCGUGGCUUAUUGGACCAAGUCGAAAAGGAUUCAUUGGCAAGAUUAGUGGGGUUGAGGAAGCAUCUGGACGAGACUACGGCACCGCCGCCGCGGUGACGGCAAGCAUUGAAGGAGGCGCUGAGAUUGUCCGAAUCCACGAUGUCAGGGAAAUGGUUCAGGUUACAAAGAUGGCGGAUGCUAUCUAUCGUCAACCCACGAGUUCCUGA